UCAACAUUAAUUUCCUAGUAACUUCUCUCAUUCUAGAAUGGGUCGAUUCUAUAAUAAUAUUCCUCUGACAUUGCUGUCACUCUCUUGCCUCUGUAUUCUGGCUUCGGCCCAAUUGAAACAGAACUACUACGCAAGCACAUGCCCCAACGUUGAAUCCAUCGUCCGGAAGGCCGUCCAGCUGAAGUUCCAGCAAACCUUUGUUACAGCUCCGGCCACUCUCAGGCUCUUCUUCCACGACUGCUUUGUUCAGGGCUGCGACGCUUCCGUUAUUAUUCAAUCGACCGGAAGCAACAAGGCGGAGAAGGAUAACCCAGAUAACAUUUCCUUAGCCGGAGAUGGGUUCGACACCGUUAUCAAGGCCAAGGCCGCAGUUGACGCCGUCUCUGGUUGCCGGAAUAAAGUAUCCUGCGCCGACAUUCUAACCAUGGCUACAAGAGAUGUCAUCGCUUUGACCGGAGGGCCAUCUUACGCGGUGGAGCUGGGGAGAUUGGACGGCCUUAAGUCGACGGCGGCAAGCGUCACCGGAAAACUUCCUCAUCCGAACUUCAACCUCAACCAACUCAACUCCCUCUUUGCUGCCAACGGCCUUAAUCAAAACGACAUGAUAGCUCUCUCAGCUGCCCAUACAAUUGGGUUCUCCCACUGCAGCAAAUUCUCAAACCGGAUCUACAACUUCACAAAGUCCAACCCGAUUGACCCGACCCUUAACAAGCAAUACGCAUCCCAGUUGAUUCAAAUGUGCCCGAAGAAUGUGGACCCGAGAAUAGCAAUAAACAUGGAUCCAGCCACGCCCCGAAAAUUCGACAAUGCAUACUACAAGAAUCUUCAGGGAGGAAAGGGAUUAUUCACAUCCGACCAAGUGCUCUUCACCGACUCCAGGUCUAAGUCGGUGGUCAACGCCUGGGCUACCAGCUCCCAGUCAUUCAACUCUGCCUUUAUAACCGCCAUGACCAAACUCGGCCGUGUCGGAGUCAAGACCGGAAAGCCCGGACCCAACGGUAACAUCCGUGUCAGAUGCGAUGCAUUCAACUGAUCUAUUUCAUCGCUGUCUUUAUUCCAAGCCCAACGAAAGCUAGAGCCAUAAACAAGUAAAAUAAGAAUGAACACAAAAGAGCUGAGAUUUUUUAUUAUAACGAAAUUUCUUCAAUGUUUAAUUGGGUUAUUAAUGAAUGGACAAGUGUUGUGAUUGAU